AUGCCAUACUCUGACGUCGCCAUCAUGCGCCAUCUGACGGUCGAUAUUCUCUCGAGCGACCCUCAGAGCUUCAACAUUGAUGUCAGCCCCAACAUCAGUGUUGGAGAGCUGCGUGACAUCAUCACCUUCCAUUUCAAUGAACUUUUUCUAUUUAGCAAGCUAGGACAGAUUGCUUCAAUCUCAUCCCGUGGGCGAGAGCUGCCCUGGGCCAUGCUGGUGGCAGGUCUAAACCAGAUUGACACCAUCGAGGUUCAUCUGAAACAGGUGUGGGGGGUUAAGGAGGUGCAGCGGGGUCCUGUGGAGGAAAGAGCUAAGGCAGUGGUUAUCGCCUACGAUCAGCCAAGGGUCCCUGGCUCGGAAAUUACUCCAGACACCUCCUCUAGCCCCAGGUUGGACCAGGACUCUUUGUCUCCUUCCUUGUUGGAAAAGGUGAAAUCGCUAGAGAUGAAGAGUGACGAUUCAAAUACAGAGGUUGACUCUUCUGCUCCGUCAGAUCUCGCUGAGGACAAAUCCGUCGAUACAGGUAUUCUGGCUUACAAGAUCACCAAACUCAACCGUUUCAAAGUACAUCGAAUUUUUUCGCUGGGAUCUCCCAUUCUGUUCAUCAGACUUGGGCCCUCGAAAAACGUGAGCAACCCUGCAGAAAAACCCCUGGGCUUGUACCUCGACCCUGCUUUUGACGCAAGGGAGCGCCAGAAGAUUCGACAGAAACGAAGCCGCAUUGGAGGCACUAACAGGACUUUUCAGUAG